GAAAUCGUGGUCAACGACCUCAGCCAGCCUCAGCCGCCGUCAUCUUGCUUUGAUAAAUAAACACGAUAAAUUCCUAGACCUGUUCACCAAAAUCUGAUUAUUCUUCAUUCAAUCAUGUCUAACCUUUCGCUCUACACUACUACCGCUGUUGUACUGAUCGACUCGGACGGUAAUAGACUUUUGGCAAAGUAUUAUGAUCCCCCUCACCUCAGACAACAAACUGUUGCAGAACCCAACAGAAAACCAAAUCCAGGGAUGGUGCAGCUGGGAUUCAACGGAUUCAGUUCCCAAUUGAGGACACUAAAGGAUCAGCGAGCUUUUGAGAAGACGAUGUGGGAAAAGACGAGGAAAUCAACAGGCGACAUCUUGAUCAUUCAGAAUCAUCUCGUUUUGUACCGAUCGAUAAUCGACAUGACAAUUUAUGUGGUGGCACAAGAAUCUGAGAAUGAAUUGAUGUUACAGACCUUACUCAAUUCAUUUUUUGAUGCAAUCUCAAUCUUACUUCGAAACCAAGUCGAGAAAAGAUCAGUGCUUGAAAAUCUGGACCUCGUCAGUCUUUGUUUGGAUGAGAUGGUGGAUGAUGGUAUCAUUUUGGAGACCGAUGCUGUGGCUAUCGCAUCAAGGGUGUCGAGACCAAAAGCAGACGUAGGCGGAGUGAACCUAGCUGAUAUUACCAUCAACGAGCAAACUAUCAUGCAAGCCUUUUCGACUCUGAGAGAUAAGGCGGCACAGAAAAUCCUACAGGGCUCACUUUAAGCCAUAUGAUCAACACCGUCGAGUUUGCCUUCGAGAUAGUCAGUCCAGCCCAUACAAUUCACUUGUUGGUCUAGACAUACGUUUCGGUGCCAGAAACCAGGUAUCCUGACGAAUCUUAUAUGUAUUCUUCCAACAUUCGGGAUAGCCUACUAUGAUUUCCCAAGUAUUGUCUUUUCGAUUAUGUUCAAUGGGUAUGAUGUUUUGCAUGUGGAUGUGGAUGUAUUCAGACGAACUUUAAAAAGCAAGCACUCUGACAAGUGACAUAUAUCACUUGAGUGUGAUCAUAUCAGUCAAUCGCAUCGGUAGAUUAGCUGAGUGAAAUGCUAUCUUGUCAUGAUUUGGGUCGGAACUAUUGAAUUGUCUUGCACUCAUGUAUAGGACCCUCUGGGAGGGCGCAAAUGCAAUCAAAGCCAAAGUGGGGAGUCCUGAUCCUCUUCUGAUGUUCGUG